CUUCUUGAUCGCCACGAGUGCCAUGACUUAACCGCUAAGAUUUCCUUCCCUUCCCUAUAUAUAUAUAUAUAUAUAUAUGUACAUAUGUACACACACAUUUACACGCACUCACUCUCUGUAUCUGACAUUGUCCGAAAGCAGAAUUGAUUUGAUACUCCCGAGGAUUUUCCAUUUUCGCAUGGUGCUGUUCAUGGGAGCGAUAACGGGGAUGGAAACCGAUAAUGAAGGAGGAGAAGGAGGAGAGAGAGAGGCGGUGGUGGAUUACUUCUACGUUUUGCCGGAGGGCUGCAUCGCCGACAUCGUUUCUCUCACAUCUCCUCGGGACGCGUGCCGCCUCUGUAUGGUCUCCACCACUCUCAGGUCCGUCGCCGAAUCCGACACCGUUUGGGAGCGCUUCCUUCCGCCGGACUACCUCUCCGUCGUCUCUCCUCAUUCCCUCCCUUGCACUUCCAAGAAAGAUCUCUUCUUCUCUCUCUGCGAUCGGCCUCUCCUCAUCGAACAGGGCACAAAGAGCUUUUCCUUGGAGAAAGAGAGCGGGAAGAAAUGCUACAUGCUAUCUGCAAGGGCGCUUUCCAUUGUGUGGGGUGAUACUCCCAGGUAUUGGAGAUGGGUUCCUUUACCUGAGUCAAGGUUUGAAGAUGUGGCUGAGCUCAUAAGCGUCUGCUGGUUUGAAAUCUGUGGCAAUAUUGAUAUCCGUAUGUUGUCUCCAUCGACAUUGUACACAGCAAAUCUUGUCUUCAAGUCAACUAUGGGUGCUUAUGGAUUUGAACACCUUCCCGUAGAGGCAACAAUUGGACUUGUUGGAGGAGAGACAAGCAUGCGGUCAGUCUAUUUAGAUGCCGAAAGAGGACGGAGAUUGAGGUACCGGAUUGUCCCGAGGCGUCUGGGGCUUUAUAUCCGGAACCGUACUGUGGAGUAUGAAACUGAAGCACCCCCGCCCAGAGAAGCGGACAAUGACCAGAAGGUCCAGAACCAUCCAAAGGAGAGGGGAGAUGGGUGGUUGGAAAUUGAAUUGGGUGAGUUCUUCUACGAUGGAAGACAAGAAGGGGAACUGGAAAUUAAGGUUUCGGAGGUAACAAAUGGUGAUUGGAAGGGUGGUCUCAUUGUUCAAGGGAUCGAAAUCAGACCAAAAAAGGGCUGAUAAAUGCUAAGAAGAUGUCUUUGUUGUACUUCACCUUGCAGUGGAAACCAAUUAUGCAACCCAGCAUGCCCACUGCUUCAUUCUUUGUGUGAUGUUAAUGGGGAUUGCGUUUCUGCGAGCCUCUCCUCCUUAGCAAAUGUCCCCCUUUUUUCUUUUUUGCGUGGAAAGAAAUAUUGUUUCUUUUUAAAUGUCAGUGAAGUAUUUUCCCCAAAUGUAUUUUGAUAAUUAUCAUGUUGGAAUCAUCGGACCUUCUCACACUUUCUUUCUUAUUA